AACACAUAAGAAAAAAGACAAACGCAAUCAAAGAAAACAAAAAGCUGAAAAGAAAGACGAUGAUAGAGUUUAAUGGCGAAGAAGCAUCCCAGACACAGCCAAAUUCAGACAAUGUGUAGGAAAGUGAGAUGGGAAAAAGGGUUUUAAGUGUUGGGUUGUUUUUUUCUUUUUUUUUCCUUUUGGUGUUUUUGGAUUUUACUCAUUGAUUAGCAUUUAUUGAUGAAUGAAUAGUUAUAUAAAUAUAUGUAUAUACUUGUGCUGGUUUCAGUUUUCAUUUAAGUGCCGAAUGUUGGGUUGUUUGGCUGUUGUUGUCUUGGUUUUUGUUAAUGAACAUCAUCGUUGCCCACCACAAAAAUCGCUAGUUUUUCUUGUUAGAUCAGUUCAUUGUAAUAAUGUCGCAGAAAAGGCCCCAGGAAGAUGGUAAGGCUCGACCAUCAGAAGGGAAUAGUCCUGAUCAGGAUAAACGGAGAAGGGUUCCAGCCUUGAGAAAUGUGGUCCAGGAGGUGAUGAAGUUGCAAUCAGUCCAGCAUUUGCUGGAGCCAGUUUUGGAGCCAUUGAUUCGUAGGGUGGUCAAAGAGGAAAUUGAAGUGGCUUUUAUAAAGCAUUUGAAUAGUAUGAAAAGGAAUGGUGUGAAGGAGGUAAAUUCUACCCAAUCAAGAAGCUUACAACUCCAAUUCCUAAACAAUCUCUCCCUUCCUGUAUUCACUGGAGCUCGAAUCGAGGCAGAAGAAUGUUCUGCCAUAAAGGUGGCUAUAAUUGAUGCUCUCACUGGUCAAAUAAUUACCUCUGGUCCAGAGUCCUCUGCCAAAGUAGAAAUUGUAGUUCUUGAGGGAGAUUUUGACGGUGAUGAGGGGGAUAAUUGGACACUUGAAGAGUUUAAGAAUAACAUUGUAAGAGAGAGAGAAGGAAAGAAACCUCUUCUUACGGGAGAUGCAUUUAUAACUCUUACGGAGGGCAUCGGUUUGGUGGGUGAGAUUUCAUUUACAGAUAAUUCAAGCUGGACAAGAAGCCGUCGUUUCAGACUUGGUGCAAGAGUUGUCGAUGUCUUUGGAACUAGAGUAAGGGAAGCAAAGACAGAAUCCUUCAUUGUCAGGGAUCAUCGUGGUGAAUUAUACAAGAAGCACCACCCUCCUUCUCACUCUGAUGAAGUAUGGAGAUUGGAGAAAAUUGGCAAAGAUGGGGCUUUCCAUAAGCGCUUGAGUCGGGAAAAUAUCAACACUGUAAAGGAUUUCUUGACCAUGCUCUUUAUAGAUCCAACAAGGCUCCGACAUAUCCUAGGCACAGGUAUGUCUGCUAAGAUGUGGGAAGUCACUGUGGAGCAUGCUCAAACAUGUGUGCUUGAUAAGAGGAGGCACUUGUACUGCCCUCCUGGCUCGCAACAGAAAUCUGGUGUGGUCUUCAACAUUGUGGGACAAGUGACUGGAAUAAUUUCAGAAUGCCAGUAUGUUACAAUUGAUAGGCUGUCAGAAACUGAGAAGAUUGAAGCUCAAAACUUGGUAAUUUCUGCAUUUGAGCACUGGGCAGAAGUUAUUGUUUUUGAUGACGAAGCCUCUCUCAUAGGUGGUUCUUCAAAUUUAGCUAAUAUUCCUUACACAAGCUCAGACAAGACACAGAUUUCGAAUGGCAGCAAGUUUUUGGCUACACAAAACAUGGGUGGGUUUGAUUUUGCUCAACCAAAUGCUUGUUCUCCAGAUAUCUAUUCGGUUAGUGGUUUGAGCGGCUUAGAAGAUUAUGCCCUGCACGGAAUUGAAAACAUGGGUCUUACAUAUGACCAAACUUUGAGUUACCCUGGCCAAGCCACCAAUUCCCUGAUCUGUGACACAGAUAUUACUCAGACUUUCUGUGAUGAGAAUCAUCUUCCAUUUUUUGAUAGCGGUCUUCAGUCUCAGAGCCUUGGCUUGGAAUCGCAAGCUGAUCUACAAAUGGCCUUUGAUGGAUUCCUUUUGCAACGUACUGUUGCUGUUCAAGCACAGAGGAGAUGGACCAAGGUUUUCAGUGUGCUGAAAUGGUUCUCUAUUAAAAGAAAAGUUAAAGAAAAAUUUCGGGCUCGGAGAUAUAGCAAUGGACAGUAAUAUUUUUACAGCUACAGUUGCAAAUAGUAGUGCUAUCCAAGUGAUGGUGCUGCCCUAUUAAAUUUUGCUUGCAGUUACAGAAUUCAACAAGCUGGAAGUAUCAGUCAGUGUAGAUACAGCUGCUUGUCUAUAAAAAUCCUUGUUCUUGUUGGAUGUCAGAAAACGCACCAUUUGUAUCAUAUUAAACUGUAGAUAUAUAGAUGCGCUUCACAGAAACAGGCAGAUUUUUGGCUGUAAAAUUAUAGUUGCUUCAGUCGAAGCAUGGACCGUAGAGUGAAAUCCGCCAUGCAUGAAGAGAAUAAAAUGCUUUGUUUGAUAA